AUGGUUCACAAUCUCACCAGCGAAUUUAACGAUCUCGUGAAUAUGACCCCAACUGAGCUUCGUGAAUGGCUUGAACAAGAUCAAUCACACACAUCGGGUUGGGCGGGUGGUUCCGGGGAGACUAUUGGUCACGAAAGUGGCCGAAGGAUUGUUCAGAUCCUUGAGAACAAUCCCAUCGAGAACCCGUCCGACUACAACGAUAAAGACAUUGACCACAUGCGUCGCGUGGUAUCCUACUGCAAGCGCCAUUUAGCGCAAGAGGAGCGAGCCAAGCACGACACGAGGAGCAAGAGUUACCGAUCGCUCAAAAACUGGGGUCAUGAUUCACUUAAAGAGUAG